AUGUUCAAACUGCGCCCCAACCUUGCUGCGCCCUUCGGGCUACUAGGGGACGAGGCGAAACUAUCAUUUCGGAGUCAAGCAGGGGGUAUUGCAAAGCUAGCCUCGACACGCAACAUCUCUGGGACGGAUGCCUAUUGGAAUCAAUACGUCGAGUUGUUCGACUCUGCGUCCGACGUGUUCUCUCUCAUAUCGCCCAAUGAUAUCCGCCGGGCGUUACUAGAGGCACCUGAGAAUGUGGCCACUCUAAUCCGCGUUAUAUCGACCCGACUCUUCAAUCUGGUCUCUGACCAUACCUUCCCAUCCUCCAGCAAUCCCUCAGUCGCCUCCCUGGCCACAUCUGUGACAUCCUUCAUAAAGAGCGGUGCUGGUGAACGCAACACAACGAAGGAGGCGCUGAAUUGUAUCCGUGUAUUGCAGCGAGUGUUUCCUGUUGUCUUCGAGUUAGAGGGGGAAGCAAGUAGAUUCGAACUUGAGGUCUUAUGGAAGAAGGAGGAGGCACCAGAAGACCAUGUUUCCGAGAACACCUCAAGUCCCCAAUUUGUGAUCGAAGAUGAAGAUGACGAUGAAGAACACGAAGGUGCCCCGCAGCCCUACAGCCCUCAACUAUCACAGCCCAAGGCAACGAAGACACUUCCUUCCCUUGCCGAGAGACUCUUUAGUUGCUUGAUUGAUCUGAUGUUUUGCUGUGGAUUUACUCUCCCAGUGAAGUUACAGGUUGACCACUACAAGAUAAACUACGUGAUUUGGGAGAAAGGUGUUGGGUCGACAGUGGAUCCAGGUCCUAGUCAGAGCUACGACUCGAACAAAACGGAGGUCCUCCGACUCUUGCUCGUUCUGUUUUCCAAACAGAUUUAUGUUCCUCCCUCUGGACUGCUAUCCACACCGUCACCGUACACGUUGCAUUUUGUGCAACAUACACCUCGUCGUGACGUUCUAACGGUGCUAUGUUCUCUGCUCAAUACGGCCAUGAACUCACAUGUUGUACCUGCGAACAUAAUGAGUGGCAUGACCACCAAGCUUCCAUACAACCACCUCGUGUUCAAGGGGGAAGACCUGCGCGCGACACUAGUGGGCACAUGCUUACAGGUUCUCUGCGUCCUGCUUGAUUGUCAAAGUGGAAGCGCGCGGGACCUCGUGGUCGAAGGUGGUGAUAUCCCUAUAUCGACCCCUACCUCUAGGACGAACGCUUUUCGGUAUUUCCUGGCCAAGCUUCAUAGAACACAAGACUUCACGUUCAUUGCCGAUGGGAUCUUAGCCAUUCUUCAGGAACAGAUGGCUUCCUUCAACAAUCUCCUCCCCGGGUCUCGAAAACCUGUUCCGUAUAUAGUCGAUACUAUCGUCCUUUUCUGGAAGAUGAUUGAACUGAACAAGAAAUUCCGUGUUUACAUCUUGGAGACCGAUAAAGGCAUGGAUAUAGCAGCUUAUCUGUUAUGCUAUUGCCUUGAAAUCAAAGACAAACCUCAACAGCAUGGCUUAUGCAGAGCUAUCUCAUACAUCAUUCAGACAUUAUCGGCGGAACGCAGCUUCGGUCUGAAAUUGAUCUCCCCGGUGAAAGCCCAGCUUCCCGCGAAAUGGCAGCCAGUCGGUACGGCUGGUGAUUUCAUGGUAAAUGCCAUCUACGCGAUCGUGGCGACCACUUCAGGCGCGCUCAACUCAUUGUAUCCGGCGCUCAUUAUCGCCUUAUCGAACUGUGCGCCGUACUUCAAGAAUUUAAGCGUCACGGCCUCCACUCGUCUGGUCCAGCUCUUUACCUCAUUUUCUAGUUCUUUGUUCCUACUGUCGGAUGAGGGUCAUCCGAGGUUACUCUAUUUCAUGCUGGAGGUCUUCAACGGUGUGAUAUUGCAUAACCUGAGCGACAAUCCACACCUCAUCCAUGCUAUCCUGGGCUCGCAUAAGGUCUUCGAAAAUCUGGGUACGUUCACCUUGGCAAGAGGGCUCCGUGACGUGCGACGGGCCCAACAAGCCAAGGAAGAGCAAGCUCGAAGAGCGCAAAGCGGAGGCAACGAAUCUGAGAGCACCCGCGCAAGUCGGAAAGAGAAAGCGAAACUGCUGCAAAGAGAUAGCGACAAUGCCCUCGGGCUUUCGAGAGGGAACCCGUCGGAAGAAAGUACCGGUAGUUCGGGCACAGCUCAGAGGAGUGCAUCUGAAGAUGAUUCUCCUUCAACACGUCCGUUGAUGUCUCCCACCACGGGCGAGGCUCCGACACGCCCGAGCACUCCGCCGGCAGCAUCUGAAAAGGCAAGAGGCAAAAUGAAGGAAAGGCGAUCCAUGUCUAUGGAUGAAAGCCUGGAGCGCAUAGCUGCUGCUGGUAUAGGCCGGAACGGUUUCGUGCCUACACAGGAAUGGGUGACUUCUUGGCAGCAGGGGCUCCCGUUGGACCCUAUUAUGCUGGUGAUUUCGGAGCUCUUUCCCAAAGUCCAGGAUAUACAGAAUGGGCGGCAUAAAUCCAUUUCGCCCUCUGCUAUUGUCGACUUCCUAUCGAAUGUGACUUUAAAGGAUGUACUACCGCCUCCUCCUCCAGUGACACCCCGACGAUUCAUUUGGUCCGAUGCAUCGAUUGUAUGGCUUACUUCACUCAUGUGGGGUGAGAUAUAUGUCAGGGGCAUGACGCCGCUCGGGAUAUGGAACUCGACCAAUGUGCGCUUGUUCUACGUGAAGCACACUCAGACACAACAGCUUCAAAUCAAAGAAGCUGUUUCGAGCGUAGUGGGUGGGCUCCUGGGACGUUCCCCGGGUGGAGAGGGGUCGCCUGGAGGGCGCCAGCGCCCCAGCGCGUGAGGUGCAAUGGACAGGGCUGCUCGAAGAAAGAAGACAACCUGACCUGUAUAUAUGUGCUCUCAUAUUUCAG